AUGAGUGAAAGUGUGUUGUUGCAUAAACCACUAAGUCGAGUAUUGGACGCUCUUCUUCCUUCUCCACUUGACGCCGAUGACGACAUUUUUUGCAGGCUCAAGGUUCGAGAUAUCCUUCAGAACGUCACCAGCGCUCACAGUGACCCCAAGUCGCUGUGUUACAAAUUCAGGGAUGUAUGCUUUGACAAUAAAUUGGCUGAGUCCGACCAAAUUGAUGCACAGGAUUCAAAUCCUUUGGAUUGUGUAGAUUCGCCUAAUCCAGACCUAGAUACUGGUGUCUAUGAUCCAGCUAAAGAUGAGGUCGAGAAGAAGGCUUUUAAUAGAUUUAUUGAUAGAAAUGAUAUGUCAUCUAUAAAAUUUAGGGAUAUAACCUAUAAUUGCUCGAAAAUUCCAGUUAAUAAGUCCAUAUCAGCUGAAUUUGAGGAAAAAUAUUACUUUUGUACAAACACAGAGGAAAGUGAGGAGAAUGGUAGUGCUGACCGAUCCACCAAUCUUCAUCAAAAGAUGAACGAUAGCAAUUACAAUGCUUCGGUCGAGGAAGGUGGUCUCAAAGAGGUGGGCAUGUGUCUAGUGCAAGAGAAUACGGACAGUCUGCCACCAUCAUCCGAGGUGAAUUUGCAUAAGGCAGGCGGAAAUGUGCGGACGAAGUUAAGGCUUGCUGCCAAGCUCAUGGGAAUGAGAGCACGACAAUGCAAGGUGGCCAAAAAAUGUCCCCCAAUAACUUUUGCCCUUGCAAAGGAGGUGGAACGUCUCACUGCGCGAUCGAGACACCGUCGUCAAGUCCACGAAAAGAGUCAACACUCUGAGUGGCUGCAGGAGACCGAGGUGUACGAAAAACUGGUCAGCACUCUUGAGCAAUACCAACAACUCCAGGCUCACACCACCAAAAAAACACUGCUGGAAGGGCGAAUGCAGAGUAGUGUGCUGUUCAAUGACUUGCAGAAUUGCUUCCGCAACGCCUGCUGCUUCAUGGAGGGGACUAUAAAGGGCUUACGACGGUUCGCACCUACCAGUGACAUUGUCCGCCACUGGUGGAUUAAAGCGAGUCUUCUGCUUCAAAAUAGUCUCCGACUGAAGAUCGGAACUGUCACUCGAAGUAGUAUUAGUCGUGUGCCCCUACGAGAGGAAGUGUUUUGGCUUUUCUCUCGACUCUACUUCGACUCAAACUGCAGUGAACGGCUGACGGAGUAUGGAUCUAUUGACAGCUACCUUCAAAUGGAUCAAAUGAUAGAAAUGGCGAAGUCAAGUCUACAACUACGGGGAAAACAGAGAUCUACUGUUCCGUCAGAACCUCCAAAGCUAGUAAAAGUAGAUACAAAUGAUAGUGGUUCUCGCGAGGGCACAAUAUCCACGACUGAGCUGUUCAGUCACCUCUCUGACCUUUCAUAUCUAGAGGAGCUGAAAGCAAAAUAUGCGAAUAUGCUGACUCAAAAGGAGUCGGAAGCUCACUCACCCGGUGUCUUCCAAACGGAAGUUUGCCCCCAAGGUGAAAAAGUUGGUCAACUUAAAGGCGAAAAGAACUUAAGAAGUUCGCUUGAUGAACAAAAGACAGCAAAGAGCUCAAACCCUUCGACAGUGUCAAAUGUUCUACUCCGGCUCUCCGAAAGGUCAGGUAUCACUAGUAAGAGUGAAAAAUCGGAACAAAGGGAGAACACAGUCGGCAUACUUGAUUGUGAGAAGGAUAGAGACGCAUUCCAUGAGCGACUUGAUCAUCUUCGACACAUCUAUCCGCACCCAUACUCAGUAAAAUACGUCAAGAAUUUGGCCAUCGAUGAGGACUUUAAAUUACUUCUACCAACUGAGCAAUUGUUAAAGAACAUAAUUCGUCAACUUCCACUAGAAAAUAUGGAGGAUAAGGCGGAUGAUAAUGGAGAUACCAAUGCUGAGAUGGUUCGUAGAACGAUGCGACUCUCUUUCUCUCGACUUCCUUUCCUCCUUAAAACCAUUCUACGCAAAAACGCUGUCGUUCUUGAGCCUAAUCAAGAAAUAAUUCCGAGGAUACUUGGUAUAAACGACCAAAGGAGUGAUUCCUAUAACCUUUCUGACAUGGACGCAGUCAUCUAUAGGCAACAGGAGCCUUUGCAGGGUCUGCGAGAGGGCAGCGAGAAGUACUUACUAAAAUGCCUUUCUCCAGAGUUCAUUUUUAGCGGAUCCAAGAAGAACGCUUCUGAAAACCGUGAUGGCGGUUAUGGUACACUUACGGUGUUGAUGUUGCCUCCAGAGAGCACAGAAGCUCAUGACAUUCUAGAUUUGGCAGGUCGACUGAUGGACGAAUAUGUGCCCCACAUUAAAGAAGUCUUUCAGUCCGUCUUUGAGGCGGUGAGGGCUGAUUUUGAGUGGGUUGUGGAGAGGGAUGAGGAAAUACUAGGUGUUGGUCUCACUCAUUUAGCUCGUGACCUUUUGCGCUACCGAAACACCCCGGGCCAUUGUGUGCGCUUCAAAAUUCUUUCCGUUAUAGCUGCCGCCUCUAAGAACUCCAAACUGCUAAACCAACUUCAGAUGACGGCAAAGAUGCCAAAUGGUUGGAUGGACCAGACCCUGCGGACAUUUAAUAGUGCUUAUUCAUCUUGUAGAAUAGAGGCGGCCUUUAUUGUAGCUUUUAUGGCGAAGCGUAGGAAGCUAGUGCAACGAUUCCGCCUAUCCUCCAAUUUCGAAACGUUGCUUUACGAUAUUGCAACAUCAUUGCUUCGGGCUGCCGAUUUGUUCGAGGAGGAUUUCUGUGAAAUCUUUCUAGCCCUCUCAUACCUCUUCCACUUUAUCCAGCAUCGAGCCUUAGUGGAGGCGCUCAUAGACCGCUAUUCCGCUUUUUGCUCAGUCCAACUGACUUCUGCGUGGCCACUGCUCAUUGUCUACGCCUUUCGAUUUUGGAGCACUACAACAAUAAAUGACAUGACUGUCCGUGGCAAGCGCGUGAUUGCGGCAUUGCACAGGGCUCUCUGUAAUCCCCUCUCGCGACGGAACGCGCGGAUGGCUGUGGACGCGGUGGAAAGAGCAACAACUCUACAGACUGACAUCCUCACCAGAUGGCCGACAAUCUCGGAGGCACCCGAGGAGACAACGUCUUAG